AUGGCGGGCCACUUCCGCGCCUCGCUGGCAGACCCACCCGCCAAAUCCUUCCCGGAUCGGCCCCAGUUCUCGGCCUUUAUGAAGCCGUGCCGCUUCGAGGGCGAGGUCCGGAAUCUGGAGGUCGUCGGCACCGUUCCCGCUGAGCUGGACGGCGCGUUCUUCCGCGUGAUGCCCGAUCCUCAGUUUCCGCCGUUUAUUGAGAAUGACCCUUGGUUUAAUGGCGAUGGAAAUGUGUCGGCGUUCCGCUUUCACAACGGCAACGUCGAUUUCCAACAGAAAUACGUGCGAACAGAAAAGUUUGUUCGAGAACGAGAGGCAAACCGAGCUCUAGCAGGCGCAUACCGAAACAAAUACACAGACGCAGUCGAGUUCAAGGUCCGUACCACAGCCAACACCAACAUCUUUUACUUCAACAAGUCCCUCCUCGCCAUCAAGGAGGACGCGCCGCCGUACCUCAUGGACCCGAUCACGCUCGAGACAAAGGGGCUCUGCGACUUUGACGGCCAGCUGCCGAGCUGUACUUUUACGGCGCACCCCAAGCUGGAUCCCGCCACGGGCGAGCUUGUGUGUUUUGGGUAUGAAGCCAAGGGUGAUGGGACACCUGAUGUUUGUUAUUUUAGCAUCGCCCCCGACGGCAAGUUUCUCGAAACUGUGUGGCUUGUGGCGCCAGUCGUUGGUAUGAUUCAUGAUUGUGCUGUGACGGAUAAUUGGGUGUUAUUCCCGAUGAUUCCACAGAUUUGUGAUAUUGAUCGGUUGAAGGCGGGAGGGGAGCACUGGCAAUGGGAUCCCAACGUGCCCUUCUAUCUAGGGGUCCUACCCAGACGCGGCGCCAAAGGAACCGACGUAAAGUGGUUCCGCGCUCCAAACGCAUUCCCAGGCCACACCACAAACGCCUACGAGACCCCCUCGGGCAACAUCGUCUUCGACCUGCCCCUCACAGACAAGAACGUCUUCUUCUGGUGGCCCGACGCCGAGGGCAACGCCCCAGACCCGCACGACAUCCGCGCCGAGUACGUCCGCUUCGAAUUCGAUCCGCGCGCCACCUCAGACUCGGCCCUCGACCUCCCCGCGCCGACGCCCAUCCUCCGCCACGACAUGGAGUUCCCGCGCAUCGACGAGCGCGUGCUCUCCAAGCCGCACCGGCACAGCUUCUUCGACAUGAUGGAUCCCUCUCUGGGCACAGAUUUCCCUGCCAUCAUGCCCGUGCUGGGAGGCGGGCACCCGCUCGGGAAGUUGGAGGUGUAUUAUCCUGGGUCGCGGCACAUGGUGCAGGAGCCUGUGUUUGUGCCGAGGGGGGAGGAUGCGGAGGAGGGAGAUGGGUUCUUGAUUGGGCUUGUGAAUAAUUAUGGGACUAUGUCGAGCGAGUUGCAUGUUAUUGAUACCAAGAGGUUUACGGAGCCUGCGGCGGUAGUGAAGGUGCCUAUGAGGUUGAGGGCUGGGUUGCAUGGGAAUUGGGUUGAUGGGAAGGAGUUGCGGCAGUGUCAAUGA